GGGCUAGAGUGAGAAGGAGCAACCUCGCCUGUGCCCGCCCAAGCUGACUGAUCUCUAUGCACCUGGCCUGCAGGGAGCUGCGCCACACGCCGACGGAGUGGACAUGGGCAGAGUGAUGGUGGCCAGGCUGGGGCUGGGGCUGCUGCUCUUGGCACUGCUCCUACCCAUGCAGAUUUACUCAAAUCAAACAGCUGUUGUGCAACCUUCAAGUAACACCUCCCAGAACACCUCUGCUACCCCAAAUCCAACUAAUGCCACCACCAAGGCAGGCAGCGGUGCCCUGCAGUUGACAGCCAGUCUCCUUGUGGUCUCAAUCUCUCUUCUACAUCUGUACUGCUAGAGACUGGCCAAGAAACGUCCCUACUUCCCCAUCUUGUAAACCCAAUCCAAAUGGCGACCAGAAGUGCAGUGUAGCAAGGAAGAAAUCUAAUUCCACACCUUAUUUUAGCGAUGCAGAAAAUGCUGAAAAUUCCAAAUUUGAUUCAUUUGAAGGACAUGUGAAGGGACUGACAGAU